AUGCCUCCUACUUUCGCCUCAUUUUUGGCACAGAAAUCCCGAUUCAUGCUUAGUGUGGGCGACAGUUCACAAAUGGUACAACAAGCUACGGCAACAUCCUCGCAAGCAUGUGAGACGGAUAUGUUAUUCCCAAGCGACACACUACUCUUCUACGGUGACAGAAGCGAGCAAAAAGACCUGAUCGAUCUCAUACCCACCGAACAGCCUGGCAUGGAGUUCCACCAGCAUGAAAAGUGCGACUCUAUCUCUCAUGGCUUGACACACCCAUUGCACAUCAGCCAAACCAGAGACCAUGGUCAUCUUUGUCAACAAAUGAGUUGCUCAAUUCCAGGUUCCAGCCAUUGCGGAUGGCGGCCUGUGGUCUGUUGGUUUCGAUACCAGCCUAUCUGGGAGCCAUCGAACUCACCCUUGGAGGCUUCCCCUGGCCAUUUUGACCUGGUGCCUAAUUUGCACGGAACCUGCCCCUUGCCAGCCCCACAGAAUACCAAUGAUCCCUGGCUAGAGCGGCUUGGAGGGCACCACGUUGGCCAAGAUACACAGGUUGCAGAGGCCUGUCACGUCUUCCGACAAUCCCCCAAUCCCAUCCGUACGCAAGAUUCCUCCGAUUUUGGUCACGGACGUCCACAAGCCAGCACCCCACGGCAACAGUUCAAUUGCUGGCUUUCGGGAUGCAAGCGCCAAUUCAAACGCCAAAAGACCUUGAACCGUCACCUGGCAAGCCAUUCAGGAGCGAGACCUCAUGUCUGCUGGGUCCCUGGGUGCCAACGCAGUUUCUCGCGGCGUGACAACCUCAAUGCCCACUAUAAGACGCACGGCAAACGUGGGGGCCGCAAUCGGUAUGUGGCUACCCUGGACAAGGCAGGCACGGUGUAUAACCCUGAGUUCUGUGGGCAGCUAACGCCUGAAGGCUGGCCACUUGACCAUGCUCGCCAUGACUGA